CCAUGCUCUUCAAUACCUUGUUGGUAAUCGUCCUCUCCGUGUCAGGUGUGCUGAGCCAGAGGGAAUGGAGCGUGACUUACACCCCUGAGAGAAUCUGUGCCUUAAAGGGGUCUUCAGUAGACUUGCGCUGCACUUACUCAUAUCCCCCGAAUUACACAGUGCAGAAAACAUUCUGGUUUAUUAUUGACUGGAACAAGCAGCAGGACGGUGAAGACCUGUCCCAGGACCCAGAGUACUCUCGCCGUGUGGAGUACCUGGGGGAUAAGUACAGUGACUGCACUUUCAGAAUAAACCAGCUGAGAGAAUCUGAUUCAGAAACAUACCUAUUCACGGUCCUGACUGACCUUGAUGGUGGACUUUCUAAUGGAGAACCUGGGGUCACAUUGGCAGUUACUGAUCUACAGGUGAUGGUGAAUCCUGGCACAGUCACAGAGGGACAGAGUGUGAGACUGACCUGUAGCACCACCUGCACUCUGACUGGCAGCCCAGCCUUCAUCUGGUACAGGGGUGGAUCUCCUCUGUCCUUCACUGAUCAGAGUCACCAGUUCACAGCCAGCAGUGAAGACCGAGGCCGCUACACCUGUGCUGUGAAAGGCUAUGAGCUUCGGUCCCCUGCAGUGGCUCUUAAUGUGAGAUGUCUUCAGGUGAAAGUGACAGAGAAUGAGGCACAGAGUGUAACACUGACCUGUAGCAGCACCUGCACUUUGAGUGGCAGCCCAACCUUUACCUGGAACAAGAAUGGAAUAGCUGUGUCCCAUGAGUAUAAAUACUCCCUCAAUUUAGCCAGCACUGAUGAUACAGAUCUCUACUCCUGUGCUACAGGAGGAGACACUUCCCCUGCAGUCAAUGUGAAAUGUGUGAAGGUGGAAAUCAUUUCAGACACAGUGUCAGGGGGAGAGACAGUGGAACUGACCUGUAGAGCAACCUGCACUGGGCUGGGCAACAGCUUCAUUUGGUACAAGAAUGAGCAGCUUCUGACUGGCGACUACAGGUUCUCCCAGUCCUAUGGAAACCUUAAAUUCACAGCCAGAAGUGAAGAUACGGGCAAAUACUACUGUGCUGUAAGAGGCAAUCAGCAUCUUGUUUCCCCCGCCGUGACUCUCAGUGUGAGAUGUGUAAAGGUUGAAAUUAAAUCUAGCACAGUGAGUGAGGGAGUAAGUGUGACACUAACCUGUAAAAUCACCUGCACUGACCUGACUGGCAGCCAAACAUUCAUCUGGUACAAGAAUGGACAAUAUCGGUCUCACACCACCCAGAAUUAUCAAAAUCAUGACCUUCACUUCAAAGCCAGCAGUGGACAUGCAGGCAGCUACUCCUGUGCAGUGACAGGUCAUGAGAAUCUCCCAUCCCCAGCAGUGACUCUCAGUGUGAGAUGCUUGAAGGUGGAUAUAAAUUCUGACACAGUGUCAGGGGGAGAGACAGUGGAACUGACCUGUACAGCAACCUGCACUCACCUGACUGGGAGCAACAGCUUCAUCUGGUACAAGAAUGAGCAGCUUCUGACUGGUGGCAACAGGUUCUCCCAGUCCCAUAGAAUCCUUAAAUUCACUGCCAGAAGUGGAGAUACGGGCAGAUACUCCUGUGCUGUAAGAGGCAAUCAGCAUCUUGUUUCCCCCGCCGUGACUCUCAGUGUGAGAUGUGUAAAGGUUGAAAUUACAUCUAGCACAGUGAGUGAGGGAGAGUGUGUGACACUAACCUGUAAAAUCACCUGCACUGACUUGACUGGCAGCCAAACAUUCAUCUGGUACAAGAAUGGACAAUAUCGGUCUCACACCACCCAGAAUUAUCAAAAUCAUGACCUUCAGUUCAAAGCCAGCAGUGGAGAUGCAGGCAGCUACUCCUGUGCAGUGACAGGUCAUGAGAAUCUCCUGUCCCCAGCAGUGACUCUCAGUGUGAGAUGUUUGAAGGUGGAUAUACAUUCUGACACAGUGUCAGGGGGAGAGACAGUGGAACUGACCUGUACAGCAACCUGCACUGGGCUGGGCAACAGCUUCAUUUGGUACAAGAAUGAGCAGCUUCUGCCUGACGACUACAGGUUCUCCCAGUCCCAUAGAAUCCUUACAUUCACAGCCAGAAGUGGAGAUACGGGCAGAUACUCCUGUGCUGUAAGAGGCAAUCAGCAUCUUGUUUCCCCUGCCGUGACUCUCAGUGUGAGAUGUGUAAAGGUUGAAAUUAAACCUAGCACAGUGAAUGAGGGUGUAAGUGUGACACUAACCUGUAAAAUCACCUGCACUGACCUGACUGGCAGCCAAACAUUCAUCUGGAACAAGAAUGGACAAUAUCUAUCUCACACCACCCAGACAUAUCAAAAUCAUGACCUUCAGUUCAAAGCCAGCAGUGGAGAUGCAGGCAGCUACUCCUGUGCAGUGACAGGUCAUGAGAAUCUCCCAUCCCCAGCAGUGACUCUCAGUGUGAGAUGUUUGAAGGUGGAUAUACAUUCUGACACAGUGUCAGGGGGAGAGACAGUGGAACUGACCUGUACAGCAACCUGCACUGGGCUGGGCAACAGCUUCAUUUGGUACAAGAAUGAGCAGCUUCUGCCUGACGACUACAGGUUCUCCCAGUCCCAUAGAAUCCAUACAUUCACAGCCAGAAGUGGAGAUACGGGCAGAUACUCCUGUGCUGUAAGAGGCAAUCAGCAUCUUGAUUCCCCUGCCGUGACUCUCAGUGUGAGAUGUGUAAAGGUUGAAAUUAAACCUAGCACAGUGAAUGAGGGUGUAAGUGUGACACUAACCUGUAAAAUCACCUGCACUGACCGGACUGGCAGCCAAACAUUCAUCUGGAACAAGAAUGGACAAUAUCUGUCUCACACCACCCAGACAUAUCAAAAUCAUGACCUUCAGUUCAAAGCCAGCAGUGGAGAUGCAGGCAGCUACUCCUGUGCAGUAAGAGGUCAUGAGAAUCUCCCAUCCCCAGCAGUGACUCUCAGUGUGAGAUGCUUGAAGGUGGAUAUAAAUUAUGACACAGUGUCAGGGGGAGAGACAGUGGAACUGACCUGUACAGCAACCUGCACUCACCUGACUGAGAGCAACAGCUUCAUCUGGUACAAGAAUGAGCAGCUUCUGACUGACGACAACAGGAUCUACCAGCCCUAUAGAAUCCUUACAUUCACUGCCAGAAGUGGAGAUACGGGCAGAUAUUCCUGUGCUGUAAGAGGCAAUCAGCAUCUUGUUUCCCCUGCCGUGACUCUCAGUGUGAGAUGUGUAAAGGUUGAAAUUACAUCUAGCACAGUGAGUGAGGGAGUAAGUGUGACACUAACCUGUAAAAUCACCUGCACUGACCUGACUGGCAGCCAAACAUUCAUCUGGUACAAGAAUGGACAAUCUCUGUCUUACACCACCCAGAAUUAUCAAAAUCAUGACCUUCAGUUCAAUGCCAGCAGUGGAGAUGCAGGCAGCUACUCCUGUGCAGUGACAGGUCAUGAGAAUCUCCCAUCCCCAGCAGUGACUCUCAGUGUGAGAUGUUUGAAGGUGGAUAAAAAUUCUGACACAGUGUCAGGGGGAGAGACAGUGGAACUGACCUGUAGAGCAACCUGCACUCACUUGACUGAGAGCAACAGCUUAAUUUGGUACAAGAAUGAGCAGCUUCUGACUGACUACUACAGGUUCUACCAGUCCUAUAUAAAGUUCACUGCCAGAAGUGAAGAUACGGGCAGAUUCUCCUGUGCUGUAAGAGGCAAUCAGCAUCUUGUUUCCCCCACCGUGACUCUCAGUGUGAGAUGUGUAAAGGUUGAAAUUAAAUCUAGCACAGUGAGUGAGGGAGUGAGGGUGACACUAACCUGUAAAAUCACCUGCACUGACCUGACUGGCAGCCAAACAUUCAUCUGGUACAAGAAUGGACAAUAUCUGUCUCACACCACCCAGAAAUAUCAAAAUCAUGACCUUCAGUUCACAGCCAGCAGUGGAGAUGCAGGCAGCUACUCCUGUGCAGUGACAGGUCAUGAGAAUCUCCCAUCCCCAGCAGUGACUCUUAGUGUGAGAUGUUUGAAGGUGGAUAUAAAUUCUGACACAGUGUCAGGGGGAGAGACAGUGGAACUGACCUGUACAGCAACCUGCACUUACCCGACUGGGAGCAACAGCUUCAUCUGGUACAAGAAUGAGCAGCUUCUGACUGGUGGCAACAGGAUCUACCAGCCCUAUAGAAUCCUUAAAUUCACAGCCAGAAGUGGAGAUACGGGCAGAUACUCCUGUGCUGUAAACGGCAAUCAGCAUCUUGUUUCCCCCGCCGUGACUCUCAGUGUGAGAUGUGUAAAGGUUGAAAUUAAACCUAGCACAGUGAGUGAGGGAGUAAGUGUGACACUAACCUGUAAAAUCACCUGCACUGACCUGACUGGCAGCCAAACAUUCAUCUGGUACAAGAAUGGACAAUUUCUACAAAACACCACCCAGAAAUAUGAAAAUCAUAACUACCUUCAGUUCAAAGCCAGCAGUGGAGAUACAGGCAGCUACUCCUGUGCAGUAAGAGGCCAUGAGAAUCUCCCGUCCCCAGCAGUGACUCUCAGUGUGAGAUAUCCUCCCAAGAACACCUCAGUAGCAGUGAGCCCCUCUGGUGAAAUAGUGGAGGGCAGUUCAGUGACUCUGACCUGCAGCAGUGAUGCCAACCCACCAGUGCAGAACUACACCUGGUUUAAGAAGAAUGACACUGGAGUCUGGCUGGCAGGAUCUGGACAGAGUUUGAACUUUUCUAACUUUAGAUCCUGGAACAGAGGACGGUACUACUGUGAGGCACAGAACAGACUUGGAGCUCAGAAUGCUUCUGCUAUACUGGUCACAGUGCAAGGAGGUCAGUCAGUGAUCGCGGGUGCAGCUGUGGGAGUGGCUGCCAUUUUGGCUCUUGUGUUUCUGGGUGUUGUGUGCCUGAGGAGGAGAAAAUCAACAAAUGAGACAGAAGGGGGCAGGCAGGGGAAUAAAAGCCCCAUUUUUGGCAACGUCUCAGGGAUGGCAAUGAGUCACACUGGAACACAGGGUACGGACAGAGACGACAGUGAAGUUCCCCUCUACGCCUCUGUUCAGCCCGCUAACACCCGCAACCAGGAAGAGCUUCUACCCUCCACUGUUCAAAAGCCACUCCCCCAGUGUGAGGAGGGCGUUCAGUACGCCAGCAUCCAGUUCCGCCCCUCCAGUGCUGCCCCCAGAUCAAAAGUGCAAGGAGCAGAGGAUUCAUGCGUUAUAUACAGCACAGUUUCCAAUUGUAAUACCUGAACAAAAUUGUCCUCUUUGCUGUCUUGCUGUGGUCUGCUGUGCCGCAGCUGAAGUUCCUGCUGUAAAAAUCUACCUACCAAGGAUAAGACAAGAGGCUUAACUCACGCAUUUAUUUUUUUAAUAAACUAUAACAAACUAAGUAGUGUUACAUAUUCUCCGCAGUCAUGCAUUUUAAAGGUGGUUACCUUGCUACUGUAUAUGCCCGACUCUUCAGUUCCAGCUCUCACCUGAUGUUUUCAAACCUCUUUUGGUCUCUUUGUACUGUUGCUUAGGACUGCACUGGAUACUUGAUUGUGUGCACAGGACAGUUGAUUUCUGGUUGCACUGGUAUUGGUUCUGGGAGUUUUCAACAUGAUCUGAAGCUGUCCUUGAUACCGUAACAUGCACAGUAAAAAAUAUUUUCAUGGAAAUUUACAGUAGAAUUGAGUGAAUGUGGAGUGCAUAUUUAUAUUAUAUAGUAAUUAAAUAUAUUUUUUGUA